AUGAACGGGAGCAGAGGUGUUGGAAGAAGUGAGCGUCGAAGAGAGCGUGGUGGGCUUGGACACGAGGACGAUCCCAUCGAUUCUAGGGCUAUGCGUUUUCGGCCGAAACAGGGCUCAGAACUUCGUGAAACAGGAAUCGAAAGGAUGCCAGAGGUGGACCGAGUG